GGUUGUUAGCAGGCUCUAAUGCUUGAGGUCAGGAGUCCUGAAAAUGUUCGUGUAAGUAUUUAUUUCCUUGAAAUCUUGAGACCGUCAGCAGAGGGAAGGAUAUAAAUGAAGCAGGAAGAUAGAGGACAGUAGACAAAGGAGCCCCGAGUUCAGCCCGCUGAGCCCCUGCUGGUGCUAAAACCAGCUGAGAAGCACGGUGCACGCUCUUACUCCAGCCGCACCUGAAGGAGUUUGGUGGAGAGAAGAGGCCAAGAGCUCUGGGCCCAGGGACAGAGCCCCAGCUGUUACUCCAGUGCCCACCACGGAGGAGAGCAGCAGACUGCCAGUGGAGAGCAGGGGUGAGGCAAGGAGGGCAUGACAAACAGGAAGCCCUUAACCAGAGACACGUCGGGAAAGGAGAGUUAGAGCGAGCAGAACUCACAUCUCAAGACCAGUCUCCCAAACGGUUUCCAGAGAUGGAUUAUCUUGCUUUCUUCUUGGCUCUUGUUCACAUAUACAGAGCUCUAUGUGAAGAGAUGUUCUGGGACACGACUGUUAAACUGGCUGAGAAUAUGAGUCUAGAAUGUGUGUACUCAUCACUGGACACCUUAACCCAGAUGGAGUGGUUCAAGAUCAAUACCACGGACAGAGAGUCCAUAGCCAUAUUCAGCCCUGCCUAUGGUGUGAUUAUAAGAACACCCUAUGCUGAUAGGGUUUACUUCUUAAAUUCUACCAUGGCUGCUAAUGAUAUGACCCUGACCUUCCAUAAUGUCUCUGAGGUUGAUGUUGGCUACUACUCCUGUUUACUUCAUACUUUCCCAUAUGGGCAUUGGGAAAAGGUGAUCCGGGUGGUUGCAUCAGAUGAUUUCGAGAUAGCUGUGCCAUCAAAUAGCCACAUGGUCUCAGAACCUGGAAAAAAUAUCACACUCUCCUGUGAGCUUCCAACAAAGUGGCCAGUCCAACAAAUUACCUGGGAGAAGAUCCAGCCCCAUCAGAUUGACCUCUUGACCAGCUGCAACUUGUCCCAAGGGAAAAUUUAUACUUCAAAGUACCAAAGAUGGAUGUCGAGUGACUGUAGUCCGGGAAUGACCAGCACCUUCAUCACCAUGCCCCAGGCCGUGGUCUCUGACUCAGGACUCUACCGCUGUGGUUUCAGUGCCAGAACAGGAGAAAAUGAAACCUUUGUGAGGAGGUUGACUGUAACUGAUGGUAAAAUGGAUAACCAAUAUACCCUCUUUGUGGCUGGAGGAACAGUUUUAUCGUUGCUGUUUGUAAUCCUAAUGACCGCCGUCAUUGUCAUUUCUUAUAGAAGGAGAAGGAGACAGAACAGAGGACUGUUUAAAGAGCACAGAAAUAAGGAUGCACAGAACAAGGCAACCAACAACUACAGAAAUCCCAUCUCUACCAAUCAGUCAUCGGAUUGUGCAAAAGAAGAUAUUUAUGUCAACUACCCAGCCUUCUCUCAUAGACCGAAGACUAGAAUCUAAGCUUUUUCCUGGAUCUGAGCAAAACUUAUGGUGACUGUUACGUACAUGGAUCUUAAUAUAAUUUCUUCCCACUACUCAGUGCCUAUCCAGGAUACCAGUUAGCUACAUUUAUUUAAUUUGAUAGGAAAGAUACUUUAUUACCUAGAGAACAUUCUUAACAGAAAUGUUUCAGAAAACCUGACUCUAAUUAACUUAGACAUGAAGGGAAACUUACUGAAUCAUGUAAUGGAACCAUCCAGGGGAGAUGAGGCUUCAGGCAGGGGUUAUUCACAAAGGUUUAAAUGUCUUGUCUAGAAUGAAGUAUGGGCAUACACCUGCCUCUGGAUUCCCUUUUGUGGUAUUGGAUCCACUUUAUUGGUGUUAGCCUCUUAUUCAGGCAUUUCCCUUGUGUAUCUAAAAACCCUUGGCAAUUCACAAUCCUUGUUUCUGCCUGGUGGAGAGGUUACUUCUCUGAUAGAGCAAACAGAUUUGGUUAUUUGUGCAGCAUUAAACAGGCAACAUGGCAAAAAAAGAUGGAAUCAAGGGUUUAAGUCAAGGGUUCACCUCUAGACCCAGGAGUGGGGCCAAAGCACAUUACUGGGAAAUUCAGAGUAUCAUUAGACGAGGGAGACGGGGCCCGGAAGCUGAACUGGUUACCAACAAAUGUGAACAGCAGUGCCGUUCUGAGACAUCUCUUGUUAACCAACUAAAAAGAGAGUAUGUGGAUGGGUGUGAGUUAGCUCUCCCUCUCCUCACUUUAAAAUCUGCUAUAUCAGCAGAGUUCAGAGGAGUACUUGGUAGCAGAACAAAUGAAUGGUCAAGAGGAAGAUAAAUGUGACAGGGAAAUCUCUUCCUUUUGUAUUAUCAAAUAAAGUAAUCUCUGAUCCUGCAUAGAGUUCUUGCCCCUCUCCCUGGCCUAGCUUUAAGAGCAAGUGUAGCAGAAAGUCCAAUAGUAACUUAAUGUUUUUGAAUUUUUCCACUGUUGAGAAUUAUUUAAAAAAAAAUUUUUUUAAAUGUCCACUUAUUUUUGAGAGGGGAGGGGAGGGGCAGAGAGAGGGAGGCACAGAAUCUGAAGCAGCCUCCAGGCUCUGAGCUGUCAGCACAGAGCCCCAUGCGGGGCUCAAACUCACAGGAUGUGAGAUCAUGACCAGAGCCACCCAGGUGCCCCAAGAAUUAUUUUUAAUAUGUAUAUGCUCUCAGAAGAGUCAGGCAUCUAGGCAUUAUUGAUUUUUUUAAAUAACUAUGUGAAAUCUGAAUAUGAGAAAAAGAAUGUUAGCUGGAGUGUGGUUUGGGUUGUAGGGUAGAAAUGUGGGGGGAGGAAAUACUAGAGCGCUAUAAGGAAGGAGGAACAGGGAACAAAGAAUGGAAACAUACAGACAGAAACUUGUCUUGCUUCAUAGUUUGGCCAAAGACAACCCUAGUGAUGUCACUACAGAGCCAUUAGUGGCCUUAUGCCAUUGUCCAAAUUCUAGGUGGAGGCCAACAAUGAAAAGUAUUUAUGAAACUAAAUGAUGAUCAUGGCCACCUUGAAAGCACAAUGGUCGUUACCAAAGACACCGAUCAUUCAUGUCUCAAAUGUAUUUAUUACUCAUCUCUAAAAGAUUCAUCACAAAACUGCAUCGAAGGAUCAAAGUUGUAGACUUUUUUUGUGAUAAUUUUAAGUGAACCCAAACCAAACUCUCUCUGUUAUCUAGGCAGAUUCUAAACUGUAAUUUACAGUUUUAAGCAAGUCAGUCGGUGUUUUAUGAUUAUAGCUUAACUACUAUGCAUGCUAGAUAGUGCAAUAACUCUGUGAAUUACAGAAAUUGAGUGCUCUACCUGUUUCAGAAGGGAAGAAGUAAAAAUGACUGCUUCUCAAUUGUACUUACAUCCAUGUAUUUAGCUGUUAUUUUUAUUUUGUUUGCUUAAAGAUCUUUAUAUCUAGAUUCAUGAGGUAUUUCCAGAAAUAUAUAACACAGUCAGAAGGUAGUUUACAAGGAAACAAUUCUACUAUUUUGUUAACUAUAUCAGAUUUAUAAAGGUUUCCAUGGCUGAAUCUGUCAGUUUGCAUGGUGAAGCAAACUUAGCAUCAUUUAAAAGAUAAACGAUUUCUUUUUCCUAAAAGUCAAAGACAAUCAAAAUGACUUUCUGGAAGAUUCUGAUGACCAAAUUCUCAAUGACAGAUAUGAGUGAGAAGUAAAACAUUUCUACCAUUGCAAUAUGAAAUGUGAAUGGAAAUGUGAAUCCCACUUUAACAGAGAAAAUGAUCACGGGGCUGUUAGGUGCACAGUUCAGCCAGAGACAGCUGUCCUGGUGGUUUCACUCAUGGAAGACUUUUGUAGUAGGGCUUCUAGAACAUUUGCAACCUGUUUUCCCAUGGAUGCUUUACUUUCUCCUUAAUCUGUCACUCAAAAUAUUUAUGAGGACUAUAUACUCUGCCCUUCUUCUUCCUGUACUCUUCCUCUGCAGAGCGCGGGAUCUUUCAGGGAUGUGGAGCCCUUCUAAGUCCUCCUGGAAUUUCUCUGAACCCCCUGCUGGUCCUGUUACACUCUUAGCUGUUCAUGCCGAUGAAAUUCUACUCACUGAUUUUCUUUCUCUGGACAUCUUUGCUUAUUAGCAAAGCACUUUCAUGGUUGUGUGUUUAAUAGUAUUCCUAAUUUGCUAGAGUUUUGUAACUCUAUGUAAUAAAUAUAUAACUAUACCUACUAUAUAUAUACUACAUGGUAUAUAUAUAGUAUAUUGUGUGUGUGUGUGUGUGUGUGUGUACACAAUGUAUAUAUAUUGUGUGUGUAUGUGUAUGUAUGUGUGUGUGUGUGUGUGUGUGUGUUGUACCUACUGUGUGUGUUGUACCUAAUCUGUUGUACCUACUAUUCCGGUUGUCACUAAGGAAACAGAUCAAAACAGAUCCGCAGAAUAAAAGGUCAGAAUUGAAUUAAAUUAUGUUUUAAAUCUUUUUUGAAAGGUGCUACUUAGGAAGGAAGAUGCUUCCUGAGAUUCUUUUUUACAUAUAUAAUUUAUGGUGAUAUGUAAUACGUUACAUAAAAAUCUGUGUUUCCUUUGAAUGCCAUUAUUUGAAUAUUUACAUUAAAGAAACUGAUUAAAGGGAAGUGCUGUGUAAUGACGAGGUAGGUAAGUUUGCUAAAUGUCAUUAGAGUAAACAGUUUGGUCAGGGAAAGAAUGCAUGCCAUUAACUUACAAUGACUAGGUAUUGAUUAUAUUAUCGCCAGAGAGACCUUGAGACAUUAUUUAAAAGACUUUAUGCACACUGAGAAAAUAGAAUUGAAAUUUCAUUAGCUUGUAAUUAUGCUUAUGGAUGGAAGACAAUGGAUGAAGCUGUAUUCUUUAGUUAUUAAAUAUCAAAUUUAUAGGAUAUUUUAAGUAAUUCCAUUUAUUACUAAAAUAUACAUAUAACUUUAAAAUACAUUGGUUAUCAGUUUACAAGACAAAGAAAGAUAAAAAUAACUUCAAUAAGUUUACUUUCACUGUAAACAUUCAAGUGAUAUUGGUUUAUAUAGAACUAUGUUAAAUAACACCUACAGUUAUAGUAAUUUGUAGAGUCCACACUGUAAUUAGAAAUUACUGUAAUCAAAAUGCUUCUCCUGGAUUUAUAAUAAUGUGCUAUAUAUUCUCUGCUGCUUGUGUGAGAUUUCAGCAAGAUUGGAGGUAUUGUACAAGUCGAUGUUUAUAAAGUUCAGGUCGAGGCACUAAAACUGUGAGUGCGGUAUUCGGCUACUUUACACAAUAGUGAAAAAGACAUGUUUGAAAACUAUAAAAUGACACAAACCUAUAAUACUAUUAUUUAUCAUCAUUAGUUUGGCCACUAUUAGAAUGUGGUGCCUAGAAAGUGUUGACCUUCACAUUCAGUCUUUUGCAGAAAUUAAUAUAUUUUUCCACUAGUCUUUUCACUGGAAAGAUUCUCCGCCAAGUUUCUAGGCUCUUAUGCAUUUAUCUGAACAAUAAAAACAAGUGUUUUUUAAAAAACUUUUCUAUUGCUAGUGACCCGUAUGCAGAACGGUGGCUUCUAGAUUUCAUCACAAAGCUUUCUAAGGGAAUUUUACGAAUCUUCAAGGUUGGUUUACAUAUUACAUAGUAUUCCAGAUUCAAAGCACUAACUGUGUUGUAAGACGUUGUAAUAAAAGACCUAAUCCGGGGACGUGUGUGCUAAAUGUCUGCAAUCAUUUCCAUUUAUUGCCUGUUGUCCCUGUUUGAAUGAAGUUAGGUCGGUCACCGUCGUUAGAACAUUUGGCCCAGUGUUAUGUGUAAUUUCAGAUUCUCUGCUUUUGUAGGGAGUGCAGUGUCCUUGACAUACUGUAUUCUGUUGUUUGAAGGGAUAAAGCGCCGUGUUGCACCAUCAUGAGUUUUAUUUGCCAUCAAAGGAUAUUAGGGAGAAAAUCCCACAGGGUAAUAGAAACAUGAGGAGUUAAGUGCAGAACAAAUUCAGAACACCAAGUAUUGAAAUAAUCCCGUAUUAAUACAAAUAUUUUGGAAGGAUGGGCUGGUGGGAAAUGUAUGCACGUGAGGUGAGUUUGUGGAAAGGAAGGCAUCUGCAUCAAUAAACAACGUCUAAAAUUGAAAAAAAAGAUAUAGUAGUGACGGAAGCAUGCUACUCAGAAAAGCAGAGAUAAAGUCAUCGGUGGAAGUGAAAUGUGUUGUCUCAAUGGAGGGAAAAUGGGAAGGGCAGGAAACAACUCGUUUUGCAAAAAACCCUCACUUUGAACCACAUGCACUUAGAAAAUGCACCGAAUGUUGCAUUGAGAUAGAAGUUACGUUCGUCCAGCUCACCAUUUAAGUGUUCCUACCAGUUUACGGCUCCAGGGCUUUGGCUCUGGGUGAGGCGUUACUGGUGGUUGCAGCUUUCUGGAUGUGUCUGUCUCUGCAGAUUUGGGGGUGAUGGUUUGCCUUGAAACCUCAAUUCUCUGAUAGAUCCAAGAGAAGUCACUGGUUCGUAAUCUGUCCAGCUCUUUCUUGUCGUAAUCAAGGCCAUUACAUCUCCCAAGCCCUUUACGUGUUAGCAUUAAACCCGGAAGUCCUUCGCCAUGUCCUUUUAAUUCGUGUGUUUUCUGGUGCCUUGGUUUCUGACCUGUUUCUUUGUGCUGACAUUAUGAGGCUUCACUAGGCUGGUCUGACACUGGAACCGGAUUCAGAAUCAUCUGACUUUGCUCCAUGUUUCUCUUUGGCCCAUUUUCAUAAGCCACAGAUCCACCUGACACAAUAUUUAUGGAAUAUGAAAAUUUGGCACAAAUGUAGACUACAAUCCGAAGAUUAGUAGGAGAUUAUGCUCAGUUUCCUGACUAUGUCCAGAUCCACAUCAGGCCUCAUAAAAAUUUUCGUUCAAAAAAAGCAAAAGGUAAUAGAGAGAAAUUCCAUCUCAAACCAUAAGAAGACAGUGAUGGGUUAAGUCCUCCAUCUGCAAAAAUUAAGUCAAAGGAACUGUCAGUAAGACCCAUACAUCACAGAAUGUAGUGUGAGGCACCAGAAUGAAUGAGCUGUUUGGGAUUCUAGAAUGAAUGAAUAGAAUGAAAUACAAAUCACAGGGAAGUGUUUCCCUGGUCAUGUGUAUCAAUAUUAAUUUAGGUUUUAGUCACAUAAAAGAUAAAUGAGAAUUAGAAAAAUCUAAGGAUAAGAGAACCCAAGGAAGGCAUUAACAGCGCGAUCAAGAAAUACGCAUACAUCUAUAUGUUCUAUGUGUUGUAUUUUAUGUAUAUGAUUAAUCGAUCAAUCAAUGUUUGGCUUCUACAGAAGAAAACACAACCAAAAGAAAGAUAACCAAGAUAAACAAAAACGGAAAGGCACCUUGAGAAAGAAGGUGCACACAUCCUGUGGGACUCUUACACAAUGGUCGUUAGUGGAAUGUUCUCACGAAUGUGUGGACGAGUAAAAUUUACAGAGAGGGAAGGAGGCAAACCAUGAGAGACUCUUAAAAGCUGAGAAUAAACUGAGGGUUGAUGGGGGGU